CGAGGAGGGGAAGGAGGAGCCCCCCCCGCCCCUUCCUUCGGGUUGCGCCCGGCGCCGGGGGAGCCCCGCCGCAGCCCGAGAUCGACUCCUUGAUGAACUGCAGCUGAAACAUUGAACGGCUCACACUUAUGUCCCUGGAGAUGGAGCCCAAAGCUAACAAUCUUGUCUUUGCGUGUCAGCGAAGCUCAACAUCAGAUGACGACUCUGGCUGUGCCCUGGAAGAAUAUGCCUGGGUCCCGCCAGGCCUCAGACCAGAGCAGGUACAGCUGUAUUUUGCCUGCCUGCCAGAGGAGAAGGUCCCUUAUGUUAACAGCCCUGGAGAGAAGCACAGGAUUAAACAACUUCUCUAUCAGCUGCCACCCCACGAUAAUGAGGUGAGAUACUGCCAGUCUUUAAGCGAAGAAGAAAAGAAAGAACUGCAGAUGUUCAGUUCUCAGCGCAAAAAAGAGGCACUUGGACGAGGCACUAUUAAACUCCUCUCGAGAGCAGUGAUGCAUGCAGUCUGUGAACAGUGUGGUACAAAAAUAAAUGGCGGUGAAGUUGCAGUUUUUGCCUCGAGAGCUGGCCCUGGUGUGUGCUGGCAUCCAUCAUGCUUUGUAUGCUUCACGUGUAAUGAGCUCCUCGUUGACCUCAUCUACUUCUACCAAGAUGGAAAAAUUCACUGCGGCAGACACCAUGCUGAACUACUUAAGCCUCGAUGCUCAGCCUGUGAUGAGAUAAUUUUUGCUGAUGAGUGUACAGAAGCUGAAGGCCGCCACUGGCACAUGAAACACUUCUGUUGCCUCGAGUGUGAAACAAUCCUGGGUGGGCAGAGAUACAUCAUGAAGGAUGGGCGCCCAUUCUGCUGUAGCUGUUUUGAAUCUCUUUAUGCAGAAUACUGUGAGACCUGUGGGGAGCACAUUGGUGUUGACCAUGCUCAGAUGACCUAUGAUGGACAGCACUGGCACGCUACAGAGACUUGCUUUUCUUGUGCUCAGUGCAAGACCUCUUUGCUUGGCUGCCCUUUCCUUCCAAAGCAAGGGCAGAUCUACUGUUCAAAAACCUGCAGCUUGGGUGAAGAUGUUCAUGCCUCCGAUUCCUCUGAUUCAGCAUUCCAGUCUGCUCGAUCGAGAGAUUCCAGGAGGAGCAUUCGCAUGGGAAAAAGCAGCCGCUCGGCUGACCAGUGCCGCCAGUCUCUCCUCCUGUCCCCAGCCCUCAAUUAUAAAUUUCCUGGUCUUUCAGGCAAUGCUGACGAUACGCUUUCUCGUAAGCUGGAUGAUUUAAGCCUUUCAAGGCAAGAGGCAAGCUUUGUUAACGAAGACUUCUGGAAAGGAAGGGUAGAGCAAGAAAUGCCUGAAGACCCUGAAGAAUGGGCUGAACAUGAAGACUACAUGACUCAACUUCUUCUGAAGUUUGGUGAUAAAAGCCUUUUCCAGCAACCUGCUGAAGUAGAGAUUAGAUCAAGUGAACACUGGAUUUCUGAUAGCAUGGUCAAGAGCAAGUUGGACUUGAAAAAAAAUAACCCAAGCCUAGCAAGUAAGAAAUAUCAAUCAGACAUGUACUGGGCCCAGUCGCAAGAUGGUUUGGGUGACUCUGCGUAUGGCAGCCAUCCAGGCCCUGCCAGCAGCAGAAAAAUCCAGGAGCUGGAGUUGGAACAUGGGGCAUCAGGAUACAAACAUGACCAGACACCGUGGUAUGGAGGUUCGCUUGAAUGUUUGUCUGAUCUGAAGCAGCAAGAACAAAGCGUUCGGGACUCGAUGGAUUCUUUGGCUUUGUCUAACAUAACAGGGGCGUCAAUGGAUGGAGAAGGCAAGCCACGGCCAUCUCUCUAUUCUUUGCAAACUUUCCAAGAAUUGGAGGUAGAGGACUGUGAGAAGAUGAGCAACAUGGGAACUCUGAACUCUUCAAUGCUCCAUCGGAGCACAGAGUCUUUGAAGAGUCUGAGCUCAGAGCUGUGCCAGGAAAAAGCAUUACCAGAGGAAAAGCCAGCGCAUGUGCCUGUACUGAGAAGAUCUAAAUCCCAGUCUAGACCACAGCAAGUCAAGUUUUCAGAUGAUGUUAUUGAUAAUGGAAGUUACGAGAACGUUGAAAUUCGACAGCCUCCAAUGAGUGAACGGACUCGUAGGCGCGUUUAUCAUUUUGAAGAACGUGGAAAUCGACCUUCUCAUCAUCGCAGAAGAAGUAGGAAAUCUCGUUCAGACAAUGCACUUAAUUUGGCCACAGAAAGAAGAUACUCUCCAAAAGAGAGGUUUCGUUAUUACUCACCUCAGGAUCAUGACAAAUUUAUUCAAAAUAAAAGCUCACGUGAGUUUCGGGCCUAUAUUCAAAAUGCAGAGCUGUACGGCCAGUAUGCCCAUACUAGUUCUGAUUAUGCACUGAGGAAUCAGGCGGUUGAUAAAUUUUUUGGAUUAUAUGGUGAGGAAGAUGACUCCUGGUGCUCAACUUCAUCCUCGUCAUCAGAUUCUGAAGAGGAAGGGUAUUUCCUAGGACAGCCAAUUCCGCAGCCACGGUCACUGAGAUACCCGUACUACACAGAUGACCUUUCUGGUCCAACUAAUGCGUUAUCUGGUUCUCAGUUUGGACAAAGGACAACCAAAUCAAAGAAGAAGAAGAGGGGACACAAAGGGAAAAAUUGCAUCAUUUCUUAACUUGUUUUAACAGUUGGGAAGACCAGUCAACUCUAGCUACAGUUUGAACCACAUCUUUCUAUAUUAAUAAUUGUACUUAGGCAAGUUGCUAAGGUUCUUAAUGCUUUGCCAGUUUAACUGAUAACCCAUUCAGUUUACGCUGUGAAAGUAAAGUAACAUUGGGAAAUGUCACUAUGCCAAAUGAUGAUCUGUUCAGAUUUCACUAGGUUUACAUACUGUGUUUCAGCUGUCAAAAUAUUGUUGCUGCGUUCUUGAUACAGACUUCUGUAGACUUGACCUUACGCUCUCUAUUCACCCACAUUCAGUUACCUGAGAGAGAGGAUUCGGUGAAGAUCAAUAAAUAAAACUGUCAGUCCUGUACUGUAGCUGUACGUACCCGUACGUGGUGAUACUCAACUUCUCUCCAUCAAACAGAGGGCUACAGACAGCACCCUAUCCUCAUCGAUAGAACUCAUUCUUCCUCUUUGAUGUUUCCCUACAAAAACUGGAAUUAUUAUUGUUUUUUUUUUUUAACUGACUUAGGAAGAAGCUGCUUUUCCAUAGAUUCCCCCAUUAAGGUGUGAAAAAUCAGACUGUGGGAGCUGAAAUGCUUGAGGCCUUGAUGCAUCCUAAAGCAGCAGUAAAUGGUUUACACGUUUAACUUCUAUGUUUUUCCUUCCAGUUUUUGUUGUUUUUUAAAAUAACUCCAUCCUAUGUUGGUUUGUGUUUUUUUUGUGCCUGUUAAAAGGAAGAUAUUAAUUCAGCUGUUGGAAUUGGACUUGACUGCCAGUGAGCAGUGAUGGCUUUUAUGUCAUUUCCUCUGCAACAAAGCACUGAAAGAGAAAGGUACAAAUGGUGGGAUCCUUUGCUCAGGCACAUAACCCCAUUUAAGUCAAUGAAUCUACUUACAUAACAAACAGUUUCAUAAGGGCUUAAAGGAUUAGGCUCCAAAAUUCUGUCUUUUCAAAUGUAUUAUCCAGGUUUUAAAAUGUAUUAGUUGCAAUUCUAAAUCAAAAAAAUUGCUAUUUAUGACGUAGUAUUUCAUAGGCUUAAAUGUAUUCAUAAUUUAACAGUGCAAAUACGAAUGUACAUAUUGUACAGUUAAGAUUUUUAAAAGCUGAAUAUUUUUAUAUCCCUGAAUUUGAAGAAGUUUGUUACGAUAUCGAACUAGAUUUGUUAGGGGUUUAACAGCAGCAUUAUGGAUGAAAUAGUGCUUGUAUUUUAGUCAGGGAGUUUAAAAAUAUUGAAAAAUGUUUAGUGCAAAACAGCUUAAUUUUGUCUACUAGGUAUUGAAAGCUCUGUAUGCAUGGUGGGGCUCUGUAAAUACUCUCCAAACUAUGGCCCUCUUAAUCUUGCAAGUGUUAUUUAUGGGUCAAGCAAAAUGUAAACUAUAUAAAUGUAAAAACCACACAAGCCUGGAAUAUAUCAGUACAACAAAUACCCAA